UCCUAGAGCUUUGGGCCUUCACUCCAGCCUUCUUACGCCAGCUGGGCAUGGCUCACAGCUGGCAUUGGGGCACCUGUCUCCUCGCUACCUUGACAGUCUGGCAGCUGGCACUGCUGGUGCCCUUCAUUCCCGCCCUUCCUUCACCGCUCCUGGCUAGGCUUGCCGGGGACAAUACUUCUCUCACCAUCCCGUUUUCUUUACCCGCUCCCGAGAUUCUAACCAUCAUUACCUGGAGGAAGAAUAUGAUCACGUUGGCCGCAGGAGCCCUGCGGCCCAAUUUCACAGUCUUCAUCGCACCCAAUUACCAGCUUCGGUUCCAUGUGGAUCCCACGAGCGGUAGCCUCAAUAUCACUGCACUGAACACUUCCGAUUCUGGUGUCUACACAGUAGAAGUCUCCGCCCUAGACAACACAGUGCUGAAGGCAAACGUCACACUCAAGGUGUAUGAGGAGGUGCACAACAUCACUGUGGCCCCAUCAUCUGCGGAGGUGACUGAAGGGGACAGCUCAGUGGCCCUAACCUGUAGCCCAAUCCAAGGCUCUGUCACCUGGACUAAGGAUGGGCGGACCCUGGGCGAGAACCCCCGAUUCCUGCGCUCCGGCGGCUCCCUGAAAAUCAGCCUUCCUCAACGUAAUGAUGCAGGCAUCUACCGUUGCACUGUCUCCAACCCUUUCGGUAAUGGGACUGGCUCGGCUCAGCUCACGGUCUAUUACGGCCCCGAGACCCCGAACAUCACCAUCUCUUCAUCGGAUCAAGACCCUGACAUGAAAGGCUUUGUGCUGGUGAAUGCCAGUGUGAACCUCACGUGCCUGGCCCCAUCCCAGCCCCCGGCGGAGAUCUACUGGAACGUGGCAGAUACUCAGGACCACCUGGUGCCUUCCUUGCCGAGUCUGCUUCUCCCCAGAGUGCAGCUGAACCAGGCCGGGACGUAUUCGUGUUUGGCUAUCAACCAGCACACUAGACGGCGCGUCCGAAACAACUUCAGUCUCGUGGUUGCCCAACGACCCACCGGAUUCCCCCAGUGCUCUGUGUCUUCGGCAAACACUGGCUCGGCUUUGCUUUUUUCUUGUUCCUGGCCAGGAGGCUCGCCGGAUCCCCAGUUAAGCUUCCAGGGUCUGCCAGGGGACACAAAGGUCGAUUCCUCCUAUUUGCAACAGCUGAUGGUCUCUCCCUUCCCAGCUGGGCUCAGUGGCCGCCAGGUUACCUGCCUUGCACAUCAUUUGACUGGGCAGAGGAAUUGCAGCAUAAUUCCUGAAGCCCCCUCAGGGGUCUUCCUCUCAUUCCAGGCCUUCGAUAACAUGGGAGGGACAGUUGCCAUGGAAAUGGAUUGCCAAGGCACCUUCAACCCAGCGGAGAUCAACUGGUUUCAGAGUGGGCAGCCGCUGGUUUCUACUGGAGGCCAUUAUCACAUCAGCCCUGAUGGAACCAGACUCACCAUUUGGAACUUUACUGCUCCACGAGACCUGGGAAAUUACAGUGCCAACUGCUCGAAUCCACUGGGUUCCCAACAUGUCAAUCUCAAUCUCGUUGGUCCUGCCAUUUCGAAUUGGACUCUGUCUCGUGGGCUUGAUCCCCAUUCUGCGUACAUCGCCUGGGCCAUUCCCAAUGGGUCAGUGGUCACCGGCUUCUGGAUCCAGAUGGAGGUCCCGAAGCAAGGCCGUUCUGCCUCGGAAUGGAAAACGGUGCAAGUCCUAGGAGCAACUAACAGGUCCGCCACAGUGGUGGGACUACAGCCCGAGUCCACAUAUUCCUUCCAGGUGGUGCCUCGCUUGGGAUUGCAAGCUGGAAACGCCUCUCAGGCUCAGACCCUCUGGCCAGAGCCACAUCUGAAUUCUGGUGCCAUUGCGGGAAUUGUGAUUGGCUCCAUCUUGGGAAUGCUUUUGAUCCUUGCCCUUUUGAUCUUGCUGAUCUUCUUUCUCCGCAGAGCACGCAACAAGAAAGUCCCCGACACACCACCGGAGAAGCGGCAACAUUACCUGUCUCGCCAGUUCCCAAACGGUAAGGAGCAAAAUGAGCCCUCUUGGGGCAAUCCUCGCUGGUCCUCCGGAGACUCGGACAUCUAUGCCAUCACCUAUGAGGAACACCUGCGCAGAUACGGAGGGCCAGCCUCUUUGUCCUUCAGUACCAGAGACAGCAGGCACCGCAGCUUCACUCCUUCGCUUCCUCAGCCCGGGGCCAAGAAUGUGCGCAGUGCUACUCAGGUCUGACUUUGGGAAGAUGCACGUUGAAACUUUGGCUCGGGAACAACCCAUAGGCUGAGCAUCAGUGCGGGACUCCAGAAAUGGAACCAUGCCUUGAUAAACGAGCAAACAUGGGAUGUGAACGAAAGCUUCUGGAACCUGAACUUUGGUUUUUCCUGGCACAGCAAUGGGGGACUGACGAUGCAUUGUGGAACCCAGAUAUCCGGGGCAACAGUUUAGCUAGCCCAGGACAGCAAAAUCAGAGGAAUACAGGGCAUACGGUGAGAAAUCUUUUGGGUACAUUGAACAAAGCCGAGCAUUGGAGGUGUAUAUGAUAUGGAGAAAAAUUAUUUCUGGGAUUCUGGGAUUUCCAUGGGUGCACCAAGGAUAUAGCUGGUUCUCUUGGAAUGGGCUGGACUACAAACAAUUGGAAUCCUUGGUGUGAGAUGCAAAGACUAUCCUAAGAGCGAGGUACCUAGUGUUCCAUAGCUUACAAAGAGAGUCAGCUCAUUCUUGCAACAGAGGACAUUGUAAGAGAGAGAGCAGAUUCAAGAGAUUUAUAA